AUGGAGGCAACAAACAGUCCCGCGCGAGCAGCGCGCGAGCCGGCGGUGCACGUCCGCGCGCUGACGUUUGUCGUCGACGUGGCGUGCGGCCGGCAUGCGCUGUCACCGCUGAUUCCCGUGGCGCUGUGGCUCGCCGAUGCGGUGCUGACCUGCCUGAUUAUCUGGAAGAUUCCCUACACCGAGAUUGACUGGGUCGCGUACAUGGAGCAGAUUACGCAGUUUGUCCACGGCGAGCGCGACUACACCAAGAUCAAAGGCGGCACCGGCCCGCUCGUGUACCCGGCCGCGCACGUCUACACCUACACGGGCUUAUACUACCUCACCGGUGAGGGCGAAAACGUAUUGCUGGCGCAGCAGCUGUUUGCUGUGCUGUACAUGGUGACCUUGGGACUGGUGAUGCUUUGCUACUGGAAAGCCAAAGUACCGCCGUACAUAUUCCCGCUCCUCAUCCUCUCGAAGCGACUACACUCCGUCUUCGUCCUGCGCUGCUUCAACGACUGCUUCGCCGUCUUUUUCCUGUGGCUCGCCAUCUACUCGUUCCAGCGGCGGCUAUGGGCGCUCGGUUCCAUGGCCUACACGUGGGGGCUGGGCAUCAAGAUGUCGCUGCUGCUCGUGCUGCCGGCCGUCGGCGCCGUGCUACUGCACGCGUGCGGCUUCUCGGGCGCGCUGUCCCUCGCCUGGCUCAUGGCGCAGGUCCAGAUCGUCAUCGCGCUGCCCUUCAUCGCCACCAACACCAACGGCUACCUCGCGCGCGCCUUUGAGCUCUCGCGGCAGUUCCAGUUUGAGUGGACCGUGAACUGGCGCAUGCUCGGCGAGGCCACGUUUCGCCGCCGCGAGUGGGCGCUGCUCCUGCUCGGCCUGCACGCCGCCACGCUCGCCCUCUUCCUCGCCACGCGCUGGAUGCGGCCCGCCGGCAAGACGCUGCGCCGCAUGGUGCCGGCGUGGCUGCGCGGGCGCGCGGCGCUGACGCCGGACGAAGAGAUUCGCGUGUCGCGCAGGGUGACGCCGGAUUUUGUCCUGACCACGAUGUUGUCGGCGAACCUGGUCGGCCUGCUGUUUGCGCGCUCGCUGCACUACCAGUUCUACGCGUACCUGGCGUGGUCGACGCCGUUUCUGCUCUGGCGCGCGCUGCCCGGCGGUGCCGCCGUGCUCACGUAUCCGCUGUGGCUCCUGCAGGAGUGGGCGUGGAACGUGUUUCCCAGCACGAGCGAGUCGUCGACGGCGGCGGUGGCGGUCAUGGCGACGACGGUCCUGGUGGUGUACUUUGGCACGCGCAACGACGGCCUCACGAUAAAGAAGCCCGCGGCCAAGAAGCAAUAA